AUGCCUACCAAUGCAGUCGUGAAGCGCAUUCUCGACGCCAUUGAGAAAGAUCCCUCCAAAGUGCUAGGCGUCACUGUCAAUGGCAAAGCAAUCACAACCAAGCAAUAUAUUCCCCGCGCUGAAGCUCAAACUACUCCUGAGAUAUUCUAUGAUGUUUCCAACCCCUCCGCAACCUACAUAGUCGUUGCCCUCGAUCUCGAUGCUCCUUUCCCAUCACUUGGAUUUCUUGGUCCCAUACUUCAUUGGAUUCAGCCAGGCUUCAAAGUAGGCCAGAACAACAUCUUGACUUCCGAUGCGCCUUUUAUCGCCAACUAUAUCGGCCCUUCACCUCCCCCAGGAAGUGCUCCCCAUCGCUACACGUUCUUCUUAUUUGAGCAGCCUGAGAACUUCGAUGGCGAAAAGUAUGCUCCAUCUGCAGGUAAACUUCUUAGUAAUUGGUUCCGUAUGCGUUACGAUUUGGACGAUUGGCAGAAGACGGCGCAGCUUGGGGAACCUCUUGCUGUCAAUUAUUUUUUGAGCAAUUAG